AUGGACGGCGGGAAGAAGACGGAGAAGGAGGAAGUGAGCAUGCUGGCAGCGCCCGACGGGAAGUUCGAAGAGGUAGAGACGAUGAUCACGAUGAUGAAGGAGCUCGCUGACAUCAUGGAAAGGCUGGCAAGACUGGAGCUUUUCAGCGAGGACGGGAUGACGACAUGUCGAAGAAAGGAGACGGAGUCACAAGAUGCGCAGAGAUACCUCUUGCUGCUGGGAUCGAUCGGCCUCGCCGUCUCAUCUGCCACCAACCUCGUAGUCAUCUGGAUCAUAGGGCAGAUGGUGAACGCGAUCGUGAACAAGGAGGAGGGAGGAGCGCUGCUGUCGUCCUCCUUCAUUAAGAUCAUGGUCAUCUUCUCUAUCAGCUCCCUGUUCACAUUCAUGAGGGCCUACGUGUUCACCCUGGCGGGGGACCGAGUGGUCAAGAGGCUGCGAUUUGCUCUCUUCUCCAAGAUCGUGGACCAGGACAUAGCCUUCUUCGACGAGCACCGGACGGGGGAGAUUCUCAACAGGCUCAGCGACGACUGCGGCAUCCUUCAGAACACCGUCACUACCAACGUGUCCAUGUGCCUAAGGAACAUAGUCACGGUCAUCGGGGCUCUGCUGAUGAACAUGGCCAUCUGCUGGAAGCUCACGCUAGUCAUGAUGAGCGUCGUCCCUCUCCUCGCUGUCUCUGCCGUCAAGUACGGCAAGUACGUCAAGACCGUCUCCAAGGCCGUGCAAGACGCUUUGGCGGCAGCCUCUGCCACUGCCGAGGAGAGCAUCAGCAACGUGCGGACAGUCCGCUCCUUCUGCGGGGAGCAGAAUGCGCGUGGAAAGUACAGCGAGAAGUUGGAGAGCGCGUUUGAGCUCGCCAAGAAGAGAUCGUUUGCGUACGGCUCGUUCGCUGGUUUCAUGAACUUCUUAGGUACUCUAGCUUUAGCGUUCGUCUUCUACUACGGGGGCCUCCUGGUGCUGUCCGGGGAACUCUCGAUAGGCGAGCUGAGCUCUUUUAAUGGCUACACCAUCUGGCUUGCCGCGUCCAUCGGCAUGCUGACAAGCUUGUUCAAUGACUUCAUGAAGGCCAUCGGAGCCUCUAAGAGAGUUUUCGAGCUCCUCGACCGAGACCCUUCUCUGCCCAUAGCAGGAGGAGACGUCGUCAUGGAGGAGAUGAAAGGCCUUAUCGAGUUUCGAGACGUUCACUUCUCCUAUCCAAGUCGUCCUGAAUCGGUAGAAAAGAGCUCACUCUGCCUCUUUGCUUUCGUCCUCUUGCCCCUCUGA